UCCACAACGAUCGUCUCAGCAAAAAGUAGGAGUUAAGCUUUCUCAUACUGUCCAACGAUGGCGAUCGAGAACGAGCCAGCGAAGCUUCUUUUGCCAUACCUUCAACGAGCCGAUGAGUUGCAGAAACACGAACCCCUAGUCGCCUACUACUGUCGAUUGUAUGCGAUGGAUCGAGGGCUAAGGAUUCCACAGAACGAGCGCACAAAAUACACCAAUUCCCUCCUUGUUUCCCUCAUGAAACAACUUGAAAAGGAUAAGAUGUCGCUAAAGUUGGGGCCUGAUGACAGCUUACACCUGGAGGGAUUUGCUUUAAAUGUCUUUACGAAGGCAGACAAGCAAGAUCGGGCUGGGCGAGCAGAUCUGAACACUGCAAAGACAUUUUAUGCUGCAAGCAUAUUUUUUGAGAUUCUUAAUCAGUUUGGUGAACUUCAUCCUGAUCUUGAGCAGAAACAGAAGUAUGCAGCAUGGAAAGCCGCUGAUAUACGAAAAGCUAUAAAAGAAGGAAGGAACCCUGAACCAGGCCCCCCUGGUGGUGAUAAAGAUCUCUCAGUACCAUCAAGUUCACCUAGCAGUGGAUAUGAUCUCGAACCGAGCAGAUUUGAGCCAGAUACCAAACCUGCACCAGAAUCUGAGCCAUCACCUCAGUUCUAUGAUGAAGUUAACACCCAUCAUUCCGCGAAUAUUCCACCAUCACCUCCAUCAAAUAUUCUGCCAUCACCUCCAUCAAAUAUUCUGCCAUCACCUCCUCCUUACCGUACUACCAGUUAUACUUCCCAGGAUUUUCAUCCACCUCCUUCAAGCAACAUAUCAGAGAAUUCUACUUAUUUGCAGCCACAUCACCAUCAACCCUACCCGCAAGAGCCUCAACAGCAUUUGCCUCAAAAUUAUCCGUCCCAAGAGCCUCAACAUCUUCUGCCUCAAAAUUAUCCGUCUCAUGAGAUUCCCUCGUACUCAUAUCCCAAUUUCCAAUCUUACCCUAGUUUUACGGAGAGUAGCCUCCCAGCAGCACCAUCUCAUUAUCCUUCCUAUCAUCAGGGCUCCGAUGCUUCCUACCCUACCUCAUCAGCUACUACCCAACCGAACUACCAAACACCUGCUCAGUAUGAUUCAGGCAGCAGAAACGGAACUGUUUCAGAAGCUGUACCAACUUCUGCACAAACAUAUCAAUAUGACAGCAAUUACCAGCCACCAGCUGAGAAAAUUGCCGAGGCACACAAGGCCGCGAGGUUUGCAGUUGGCGCUUUGGCAUUUGAUGAUGUGUCUGUUGCAGUAGACUUCCUUAAAAAAUCACUUGAACUGUUGACGAUCCCAUCGAAGGGUCAGUAGAAUUGAUAAUUUGAACUCACAGAGCUGGGAGUUGUUUCUAUGUUAUUCCAUCUCAUCUUUUAUGGUUUGAUUUGUAAAGUCCAUUGGAUCUUUUCUUUCCCUUUCUUUUCUAAUGAAAAAGUUGCUGUAUUCUAUA